AUGGGCAGCAACAUGCGUACCGCGGAGAGUAGCUCGCUUGACACGGGCAACGUCGCACCGGCAGUACCUUCCGCUCUUUCUGCUUCUCAGGCAGAGCAGAGGCCCCAAGCAAUUGCUGUCAACAACUCAGUGACAACAAUCGAUGGGCAGUCAGACCCAAUCCUCACCAACAUCGCGACGGGGGUCCGAGCUCGAUGGAGUACAAAGAGAAACGAAGAAGCGGCACCCAGAAAACCAAGUAGACUCCGUCUCCAAAGGAUUUCGAAGCAGUGCCUGCCGCGUGGCGGGACAUACUUGUCAACGGUUAUCGGUCCCAUCCAGGUAGGUAUUCCCCCCGAGACCAUCAAGGACUCUAUGGCUCUUGGCCUGCCCGUCCCGCAGUACUUCGUGGUGCCCCCGGAGAAGUUUUGCAGGACGUUGGGCAACAGCUUAGGUGUAAACGUCGCCGAGUUCGAGUUCCCGGCGUACUACAACUUCUUCUUAAAGGGCAACACGGUGAAGCUGAUCGUUGACUCCGUGGACACCGAGAUCAGAAUUCGCGCUCUGAUGCAGGAGACUCUUCUCGGCCCUAAAAACGUCGACGCCUCGGUCGACUUCCACGAGUCGGUGCCUGUGGAGAACAGGCCGGACAUUGGGAAGGAGCUCUCAUACUUUCGGGCCUUCAACGGAAAGGAACUGUCUAUCGACCUCCUCAUCACCUUUAUCCACCAGAACAGUGACGGCAUCGUGAUUCUCGACGGUGUGGACGGCACCCCUGGAGCCGACUGGUGCAUUUCGAUCGCCGUCUCAAAUGCCGACGGGGGGCAGUACAUCUUCACCGAGCACCAGAAAGGAGGCAGCGACCCCUCGCACGAGAACGCAGCACGGCUUAGUGCAGACGAUUCCGAAAGCAUGGUCAGCGAGGAGGAUGUUUGGGAGGAGGAAAAUCCGAUGCCUAACGCCAUCGACGUGAGAACAGCGGGAGACACGAACGACACCCUCCGCCCCACCUCUCUGAGGCAUGAAUCGAUUGCGAAGCACAUGUCGGUACACCUGACCGAGGGGGACAGCGAAGACGAGAACACGGACGAGUGCUCGAAGAAGGGAAAUUUUUCGUCUAGAGGCUCUAAGGAGUCACCGAUCAUCAGGGAAGAAAACAGGCAGGGGGAAGACGAAAGAGGGGGAACAAGAAACGGGCGAGAAGGAGAGGGGCGGGGCAUUGAAAGGGGCCAGGGAGCGGAAUCGCAACCAAAGCACGCGCCCAUUCGGCAAGUGGGUGAUUCAAGCUCCAAGGGAAAAAACCAAGACUCCACCAGCUCCGACGAGGCCCCCGACAGGCGCCACUUUACCCCAACACGACCAUCGUUCAAACCAAGCUUUGGCAAUCAGCGGUCAGAAGUGGGACGCCCCUUGGGUUCCGUCGCUAACUGGUUUGGCCGGUGGCUCGUGCACGCGCACAUUGGCGAAAACAAAAGCCGAAGCGCCGACGAUGGUAGUAUUGACAGGGAUGGCAGGAUCUCGAGAGUAAAAUCGGCCGAAGUCGAAGCUAACACACAGUUGGAGCCGCCGCCGGCGGCAGGAAACAACGUGUCCAAGGCUGGACGAGAGUCAAGGAACGCGAAACGGACACCUCGGAGGAUAUGGGCACCGGGGUUAAACGGUUGGGUGCGGACGGGGAUUCCGUCUCUGAACGGAUUCCUUCCUGUACGAACAGGAGAGGUUUCGAUGACGUGCCCGCUACCGACGAAGUUGCCGUCUCAGCCCGAGCAGACGGAAGAUGAGUUCAUCGCCCCGACGUUCGGGACCACGGUGCUCGGGAACAGCCAUGGGUUUGAUCCGAACGGGAGCACAAGUGGAUACGUCCUCUGGAUAAACGGGAGAGGAUAUAUGAUAGACCCGCCGCCCUACGCCAGCAUGAUUCUGCAGGCGUCCAACAUCCGGCCGUCUCUUAUCGCGGGAGUCAUAGUGACGCACUGUCACGCAGACCACGACGCGGGAACCUUUCAGAAGGUCCUACUGGAUGGCCAGGUCAACAUCAUUUCCACCAGGACCAUUUACGAAUCCUUUAUCCGCAAGUACACCGCGCUCUCUGGUAUGAGCGGCGACCUUAUCCGCUAUAGCCACAAGUUCAUCCCCGUGAAGAUCGGGCAGACUUUAAGGCUUAACGGGGCCUGCUUCGACUUCUUUUAUACCCUUCACUCUAUUCCCUGCGUGGGCUUUGAGGUUACUUUCAAGGGCAAGGGCAUGGUAUUUUCUGCAGACCACAUGAACGAUCCAGGCAGGAUCCGCGAGAUGUGCGAACAGGGUUUCCUAUCAGAAGGGAGGCGUGAUGCCCUCCUAGACUUCCCGUGGCACCACGACCUGAUCUAUCACGAGGCAGGGAUCCCUCCGAUCCACACGCCGAUACAAACCCUGGAGGGCCUCGCCGACGACCUCAAAAAGCGGGUGUUCGUGGUGCACGUGAGCGAGUCCUCGAUUCCCAAGGACAGCGGGCUGAAGGUGGCCCCCGCAGGGGUCAAGAACACGAUGCGGCUAGACACCAUCGCUAAUAUUCACGAAGAAGCGCUAGACGUGUUGGACCUCAUUUGCUCCGUGGGAAUCCUGAGCGGUGUUUCUGUGGCCCAGGCGCGGUCUCUGCUGGAGGUGGCGCGGCAGGUUAGGUUUGAAGCGAAUGCGAUCGUCCAGCACCGCGACAUUGAUACCACGGAUUUUGCAAUCAUAUGUCACGGAAAAGCAAUGUCCACGUGA